GGUAGUCAGAACUACACCCAUGUCGUGAAACUGGUUUUCAAACACUGGUUUUGUUAGUAGUGGGGCGUCUUGGUUUGGUGGAAGGCGUUCUCACUCCUCAGUUCAUAGGCACUCGGCCGAAUCGAGUACAUCUAUAGUUCCUCGUAGCAUAAUAAUUUGUCAUUUCGGUUAGUUUUUUUUAUAUUUUAAAUUUUUUUUUAAAUGGCCAAGAACGAUUCUAAGGCCGAAAAGCCGGCGAUGAGCGAGGGUGCUAAGUCCUACCUUAUACUUUACAACUCCGUGCAACUGACAGCCUGGACUUACCUCCUAUCGAGAAUCGUUUCGCACUUUCUCGCCGGGAAAGGUGCCGAAACUUUAUACCAGGAGAACAAAGUUUUGGUCCAGGUUUUUCAGAAUGCUGCAAUUCUUGAGAUCUUUCACGUUAUGUUUGGUUUAGUCAGGUCAGAUUUGAUGACGACAGUGAUGCAAGUGUUUUCAAGAGUUAUGCUCUGCCUUGGCGUCCUCGUGCAGUCUACUGAGGCACAGGGCUGCUUUGGUAUAACGCCUAUGCUGACGGCAUGGUCGUUGUCUGAGAUAGUCAGAUAUUCUUUCUACACGGUCAAUCUUCUCACAGGGAGCGUACCGUAUUUCAUCACUUGGUGCAGAUAUACAUUUUUCUACAUUCUUUAUCCUGUUGGUGUGUCUGGUGAGCUCAUAUGCUCAUACUACUGCUUGCAGACUCUGAACGAAUCAAAAGCGCACUAUAUUUCUCCAGAAUAUGCUACCUAUUUUAAGUAUUUCUUGGUAGCUGUGAUGGUUACUUACAUCCCAGGCUUUCCCAAAAUGUACUACUACAUGAUCAAUCAAAGGAGGAAAGUCAUCGGUGGCAGUUCGUCCACAAAAAAGACCCAAUGAGGAUAAAAAAAAAUACACUAUGUUUUCUUGCCAAUAUAUUUAUAUAUUUUUUUUUUGUAUUAAACGAUCAGCAUGUACAUACUAAUAUCUACUUACAAAUAAUAUUUACAUGUGUGUGUGAUAUGUUUUUACGUUUUUAAUUUUAAAAUAAAUUAAUGCAGACCUACCAAUCUCUGAUUCUACAAAUUAUAAAUUCACAACUAUCAUUUUGUACAGACAAUAUGGAUGAUGUUGAAUUUGUUCAGUUUUUAGUGUACAAAAUUGUUCUUUUAUCUUUGAUAAUAAACGAUGGAAAUUUUAAA